AUGGAAUCAACUGGCAAUAAAAAGCUUAAAAGGAAGUCUGAUGAUAUAGGAUGGGAAUAUGGACAAUUGGUGGAUCCAAAUAACUUAGAUAAAACUCAAUGUAAUUUAUGUGAAAAGGUUAUGUCUGGAGGAGUUUAUCGAUUGAAACAACAUAUUGCGGGCAUAACGGGAAAUGUGGCGGCUUGUCGAAAAACAACAAAAGAUGAUCAAGUGAGGGUUAAAAAUGCUCUUUUGGAGACCCAAAACAAAAAAAAGGCUAAGCAAGAUAGUGAUGAUUCUUUAAGAGCCGAGGUAGACAUUGAUAGUGAACCGAUUGACCUCGAUGAUUGUUUUGGAGAGUUGAAGCCACCUCGCUCAUUUGGUCCUAUGGAUAGAUUUCCAACUUCCCAAGGCAGCAAAGGAAAUGUUAAACAAAGUAAUCUUAGCAAUGUUGUUAAAAAAGAACAAAUGAUUCGUGUAAAAGAGUACGUUUGCCAGUGGGCGUAUGAAUCCGCAAUUCCAUUUCAUGCCUUUGAGAGGGAUAGCUUUAAAACAAUGGUGGAGGCGAUUGGUCAAUUUGGUCCUAGUUUCAUGCCUCCUAAUAGAUAUGAGAUGGGAAAUACUUUCUUAAAAAAACGAGUCGAAAAGACUAAAAAUUUAUUGAAAAAGUACCAGGAAGAAUGGAAAUAUAUAGGGUGCUCCAUUAUGACUGAUGCGUGGUCCGAUAGAACAAGAAGAAGCAUCAUGAACUUGUGUGUCAAUUCCAAGUUAGGUACUAUUUUUUUGUCUUCUAAAGAAUGUUCGGAUGAAUCGCACACAAGUCAAAACAUAUUUGAGUAUGUGGAUAAAUGCAUUGAAGAAGUUGGUCCUGAAAAUGUGGUUCAAGUUGUGACCGAUAACGCAUCAAAUAAUAUGGGUGCGUCAAAAUUGAUGAAGGAGAAAAGACCAACAAUCUUUUGGACAUCUUGCGCGACUCAUACUAUAAAUCUCAUGCUUGAAGCUAUCGGUGGAUUAGAAAGGUAUAAGAAAAUUAUCAAUCAAGCCAAAAAACUAACUGUGUUUAUCUAUUCUCACCACAAAACGUUGGCUAUGAUGAGAAAGUAUACAAAGAAAAGGAAUAUAGUGAGACCGGGAGUUACAAGGUUUGCUUCAGCAUUUCUUACCUUACAAAGUUUGUCCGAAAAAAAAAGUCAACUUAGGCAUAUGUUUUCAAGUAAUGAAUGGGAGAUGUGUAAGUUUGCUAAAUUGCCAAAAGGGGAAGUUGCUUAUGAAAUAGUUGUAUCUCCGUUAUUUUGGAAGGGUGUGACAACAUGUUUGAAAGUUUUUGCACCAUUAGUCAAAGUCCUUCGAAUUGUUGAUGCGGAUUGGAAGCCUUCAAUGGGUUUUAUAUAUGGUGAGCUUCAAAAGGCAAAAAAAGAAAUUAUCAAGGCUUUAAAUGAUAACAAAAAUGCAUACGAGCCUAUUAUGGAUAUUAUCUCAAAAAAGUCAUCCAAAAGGCUUGAUACUUGUCUACAUUUGGCAGCCUACAUUUUAAACCCAUAUUAUUUUUAUAAUAAUCCGGAGGCCCGAGAUGAUUUAGAUGCUAAUGAUGCGGUAGUUGAACUUGUUGGAGUUUUAUUUCCAAAAGAUUAUGAUAUGCAAAACAAAAUUUUGGGGGUUGAGUUGCCAAUCUACAAGCGUAAGCAAGGAAAGUUUGAGCGUCCAGUCGCUCUCAAAGCAUGUGCGCAAACUGGUGGGAAACACAUGGUAACUCAACUCCAAAUCUAA